AUAGCUUAAGUGGCAUAAUCUCACUUUUAGCACUCUAAUAAAUAACUUGGCCCUUCAUCACGUCACGUUUCCGAGGGUUCUGUCUUUCUCUUUCCCACUGUAUUUUCCUUUUCUUGCUUCACAAAUACUCAUUUCAACGCCAGAAAAAAUGAGUAACGAUGACGCAUCCGAUCUCGGCGUCGCCCUCCCCGCCGCCGCUGCCGCUUUGAGUGCUGAGGAACGCGCCGGCCUGGUUAAUGAGCUUAAGAAUAAGCUUCAAAAUUUAGCGGGACAACAUGCUGAUGUGUUAGAAACACUAUCACCAAAUGUCAGAAAACGUGUUGAGGUUCUCAGGGAGAUUCAGAGUGAACAUGAUGAACUGGAGAAGAAGUUUUUUGAGGAGAGAGCUGCAUUGGAGGCCAAGUAUCAGAAACUUUAUGAACCACUUUAUACUAAGAGGUAUGAAAUUGUGAAUGGUAUAGUGAAGGUUGAAGGAGAAACAAAUGAAGCUGUGAUGGACGAAGAAGGGGAUAAAUGUGUAGAAGAAAAAGGAGUGCCUGACUUUUGGCAAACUGCGAUGAAAAUGAAUGAAAUUUUGGCCGAGGAGAUUUCAGAGCGGGAUGAAGGGGCCCUCAAGUAUCUUAAAGAUAUCAAGUGGAGCAGAAACGAUGAUCCUAAGGGUUUCAAGCUAGAAUUUUUCUUUGAUUCUAACCCUUAUUUUAAGAAUACCGUCCUGACAAAAACAUAUCACAUGGUUGAUGAUGAAAAUGAGCCCAUCUUGGAGAAAGCAAUUGGAACGAAGAUUGAAUGGUAUCCUGGGAAAUGCCUGACACAGAAGGUCCUAAAAAAGAAGCCCAAGAAAGGAUCGAAGAAUGCUAAGCCCAUUACAAAAACUGAAAAUUGUGAAAGUUUCUUCAACUUCUUCAACCCUCCUCAAAUCCCCGAAGAUGAUGAUAUUGAUGAUGAGCUUGCUGAGGAACUUCAGGAUCGAAUGGAACAUGACUAUAACAUUGGUUCGGCAAUUCGAGACAAACUAAUUCCUCAUGCAGUAUCAUGGUUUACGGGGGAAGCUGUUCAGGGGAAUGAGUAUGAUGGAUUAGAAAGUGAUUAUGACAGUGAUGACCAAGAUGGUGAUGAGGAUGAAGAUGGGGAUGAAGAAGAUGAGAGAGAAGAAAGAAAGGGCAAAAAGAAGAUGCAGAGCGCAAGUGCAAAUGCCGGCCUAAAUCAGCAUGUUGAACGCCCUCCAGAGUGUAAGCAACAGUAGCAUUUGGAUACCCUCUUGGUUGCUUAAAAUUUUGAGUAAUAUAUAUUCCCUAAUUGUGAGUAUCUCAUUCAACUUUUUUUUUUUUUUUUACUUUUUGUUUUUUAAUGGAGGAUUGGUGUUGCCUAUUAAUGUUAUGUGGCAGUGGAACUCUAAACCUAUGUAAUGUUUCUAGUUUCUAAAUCGUAAAUGGUCUGUUAAUAUAGUUUCAUGCAACAUAUAGUAAAACUGUUCCAUCA